GCAGGCAGCAAGCAGCAACACAACGAUACAACACAGCAAUUCACAAUUCACAAAUUGUGAAUCACAAUUAAAUAGGACACGAAGUAUUUUCAGCUUGUUUUUUGUAUUUCAAAUCUUUUGUUUACGUUUAUAUUUUGUUUUCCUUUUUAAAUCUUUACUUACUAGGUAAGAGUUUGAGGCUAAAAGACUUGUAGUAAGAUGAAUAAUCUACCAUUAACCCCACCCACCAAUGAAGCAACGCCUCCCAAUAAUCACGAGAUUCUACGAAAUGACGACUCUUCUGACCCGGACGAGGAUCUUUUGGAAUGUAGCAUUUGUCUGAGCAUUUUUGAAGUUCCAAUCAAUCACUGCAGCAAUGGACACAAUAUUUGCAGCAAACACGUUAAAGAGUUGAUGCAUCGACGCUGCCCGUUUUGUCGGGUGCCAUAUCCUUCCGAUCUCCCGAGAAAUUUGCUUGUUGAAAGGAUCGUUUCGCGACGGCUGGAGAAGAAGAAGAAGGAAGACGGACAGAAGAAGGGGGACAAAGUGGCGACUACUUUAGAGGCAUCUCUUUCAUCGCGAGAUAAUAAUUUUGGUCCACCGACAGGAUUACUGGUCCCCGAUCGGAGUCAGAAUUUAAUCCCCGGACCGAGUAGAUCGCCUUCGGUGGCAAUAGCUUCCCCACCACGAUCUCGUUCAGUGGCAACAGUUCCACCACCACGACAAGCUCAUCCUCCACUUCGAACUUCUUAUGCGCCAUCAGCUGGACCUGCUCAAGGGACAAGAUCAGCCCCCAUCCCAAGUCGACGACAAGGCCGUGGAAGUGGAACAGCAGCGAAUAGUGGGGGUGUGCUGCGCUGUAUUUAUUCCCAUGAGGGAUGUCCUUUCCAGACCAGAGAUAGCAGGAGCCGCAACCAGCACGAGUAUGAAUGCGAUCAUCGCCCCGUUAUUUGCCCCCUCCGGUCGGAUAAGUGUUACAACUCGGUCAUCCCCUUUUCCCGGUACAUCAACCAUUUGCAUGGCUAUCAUGGCGUGAAAUUGUUCCGGGAAUUGAAUCACAUUCACAAGUUCUUCGUGAAAACGCGUGACGAUCGCCUAGUCAGAGACGGCGCAUCUUCAAUGUUCAUCAUGGAAACUGGACCUGCAGAAAAGUUUGUCGUCCAAGUGAGAGAAAUAAAGAACGUUGAUGGAGAAGAUUUAGAUAUUUUCCUAAUCUGGAUUGCGUUCCAUGGCAAUGUUGGCCAGGCGCCAGAUUGGCGAUUCAGAGGAAGACUUUGUUUCAACCUGAGCCCAGAUCAUGACGGUGUAGAACGUUCUAUGUGGACUAAUUUCCCCGAUCUGACCAACGUGUUCGCUGGUGAUGUCGUCGCGACAACGAGAAUGGUUGCGGAUCAGGUGUUGGUCCGCACUAAAAACUACUUGAUGAUUCCAGUCGCCGAUAUGAGGGCGAAUUUGGAAACGGCGCAGCUCAGAAACGGCUUCACAUCGAAGUUCUGGUCGCUAGAUGUAACUAUUACGAAGGCUGAAGGAUACACAUUACGAUAACUAUUUGGAUGGCAUGGUAUUUUGAAUCGCUAGUUGCUAAAUCAUUACAAAAAUUAUUAACCUUUGACCUAGAUGAGAAUGCGAAUACUGUUAAGUCGUAUUUGUUACUAAAACUUCACGAUUUGACUUUUUGAAUGAUUAAUUUAUUUAUUGACCUGUUAGUAGAUUAGGAUUAGAAUUUUUAAAAGUAUGUCAUAUUGAAAAUUUACUAGCAAAAUUAAUUAAGCAUGUUAAACUGGUAAAAUCUGAAAUCGUAAUCUAAUUGUUAUCCUACUCAAUUAUGCACUUAGGAUUAAUGUAAAAAUAUUAGUGAAUCUAUAUAGUUUUGCUCGAGCCCAAAAGGAUGCAGCUAAAUAUUCUACUACUCUUGAACCCCAAUGGACUGUCACUUUGCUAAAUGUUGACCAUGACCAAUGUUAUUAAUGUUAAAAUGAUUCCUUCCGGAAUUAGCUAAAUUUGGCAAAGUGACUUUGACAUGUGGUUCAAUUGUACCACAUUUGCCUGAUACAGUUUACUUAGGGAGUGAGAUUUCAUAGGUAGAUUAGAUAGUAAAAUGUACAUACAUAAAAUAACAAUUGAUUCGUAGAGUAAUUUUAUCAUAUUCAUGAAACACGAAUAUUCAUGUGGUCAAAUACUGUACUUUUGGCAACAGAAAUGAAUAAUUAUUGUCGUGAUUUAUCUCAAUAAAUUUUUAAUAAUCUGC